GGGAUUGUUUUGAUCAGCGCGGCUGUUUCCAACGUGUUGUUAGACCUGUCCUAUAAUGUGCUCUACUGUUAUUGUACCGACAGCAGAUAUAAUGUCACAUGUAGACACUCAAGAGGAAAACAGCGGCCCCGAAGAAGAGCUAAGAGGGAGUAAGAGGAAAAUUUCCCUCUCAAACUGUGGUGUCUGUGGAUCAGAGGAAGCGAAGUACAGAUGUCCGGCUUGUCUUGCUCAUUCAUGCAGCUUGCCAUGUGUGAAAAAACACAAAGAAGAUUCAGGAUGCAGCGGAGUUAGAAAUAAGACUGCUUUUGUGAAGCUCUCACAGUUCGAUGAAAUGGCACUUCUCAGUGACUACAGGUUUCUGGAGGAUACAGGAAGAUUUGCUGACAGUGCAAAUAGAGACAGCCUCGUCCGGACCCCUCGAUCCACUAUUAAAGCAAAGAGACUCUCAGCUAACGCCAGAAAGAUCAACAUCACGCUGAGGUUCCUCCCUGUUAACUUUACUAAGAGCAGAGAAAACUCCACCUUCUACCUGGCCAAAGAACGACUUUUCCUGUGGCACGUGAAGCUCAUCUUUCCUCAAAGCGGCACCGAGUUCAGUCAGAGGAGGGUGUCUGAGAAGAAAACCUUGGAACAGAUCUUGACCCCUUACAUCCAUCCCACAGAGUCUGACCCUGUGACACGACAAAAGUUGAAGAUGUACGUGCACGCUCCGUUUGAUCAUGUGAAAGUCUUCAUGAAAGCAGAGGGGAGAAAAGCCAACUCUGUGAGGUACCACGAGUUGGAUAUUCACAACAGCCUGAGGGACAACCUGAGCUACAAAACACUGAUUGAAUAUCCUGUGCUGCAUGUAGUGCUCAAAGAUCACUGGAAGAACUAUCCUCUCAAAGGACCAGCUGAACAUGCACCGGCCUGUUUUACAACAAUGAGCAACAAAUCAGUCCUGGAGAGCAAGGAUGUGACCCAAGCUUCAUCAACCCUAUCAGUGCCACAAACUCCGUCGGGUACCAACAUCUUGAUGGGAACCCCAGAGAAGAGCCCUGAACCGCCAAAGCAGAAAAGGGCCAAGAGGGAGACGGAGGAGGAAGAACUAGAGGAGGGAGAAAUCACAGACAGUAGUGAAGAAGAGAAAGAACAAACCCCAUGUGCUAGAAGCUGUGAUGGUGACAGGAGGCCUGAGGUGAUAAACAACGGACCAGCAGACAGAGUGGACACUAAUGUUGAUGACAGUAUGAGUAAACACAGCGACAGCAGCAGGAGUCUGUGUAUAAAAAUUGACUUCUCUGGUCCAACCGAUGACAAGGCAGCCACCAGAGAGAGCGCUGAGGUCGGCAUGACUAAGGAGGUAGCUGUGAUGGAGCUGGAGCCUGCUCAGAGCCCAUCACUGUCAGGAUGAAAAUGAGUCAGCGAGCGCUGCUGACAGCUGUGGAUCGGAAUGAUAAUGCCCAGAUGUUCACAAUGAAACAAAUGAGGAGGCAGACGUAUCUGACAGGAAGCCAUCAAUCUUGUGUCAGUGCAGUGAAGCGAUCCAACCAGACAGUAUUUUCAGUUUUAUUUCACAGAUUGUUUAAAGAAGAAGAAUUAUUAUAAUACAAAUAUAUCAGUGUGUUAAAUUGGAAAAUGUCAGUGUCUUUGUUUAUGUUUAGGGUUGAGCUGAUCUGUCUGGAAGCUUUGCUUUCUGUAAGACUUUUCUGGGCAAGGUUGAAGAGUCUGUAUUUGUGUUACACUGCUGCACAUCUCUGUUGAAUUUUAACUCUAAUACCAAAAAAUACAACAUAUAUAUUUUUACACAUUUCUUCUACAUUUAUCAUCAAAAUUUCAAUCUGUACUUAACUGUCUUUAUCACAGAAAUGUGUGCCUGAAAAAAAUUCUACCUAUAAGCAACUGUUGUUUUAUGAAUACCUGCCUCUUACCUGGUCUCUCCGCCCAGUGCUAUGAAAAGUACAUAGCUUUCCUCAUACCAGCAGACACCAUGGAUGAAAGGGAAGGUUAUAAAGAAGUUUGCUUGCAUUUAAAGUUUGUAUUUGUUAGAAAGGCUGUUUAGAGUUGGUUCAUACAUGGUCACAUACCUCUUCUGGUGCUUGAUCUAUAUCCUAUUGUGGCCAAAGCAUAGCAUAAAUGUUUGAUUUGAACCAUAGAGGACUGUGUUGAAAGGUGUAAAAGGAGUAUGUGUCACCUUAAAAGCUGUCAUGGACUUUCUGAUUCUCUUCAGCUCACUUAGUCUCCUUUUAUCAGUUAUGUGGCAUGAAUCAAAGGUCCACAACACCAACAGCCUGUGUCAGUUGCCUCCAUUUUGCACAGAGGCAGCCCUUAUUUUGAGUACAAAACCGAUGCAGUCCGGUGUUUUCAGCACUCAGCAUCCUCAGUGCAUAUAUGCCUUCUGCAAAACAAAAAUGUCACAUGCACAAAUGCCACUCACCAGCCAAUCAAAAUCAAGACUUCUGAUAUAAGUUUUGUGAACAGCAAUGGAAGCAGAGAAGCGGUUUUAACUCGUCUUUUCAAGGAUGCUACUGCUUCCUAUACAAUGACUCAAUACAUUAUUUUCAUGUCUUCUUGCUGAAAUUCCCUUGAGUAAGGAAAACUAUUGAACACAGCUAUUUAAAACAGACCAUGCUGUCCUAUGAUGUAACUUAGCCACUAUAAAUGCCAUCUGAAAAUGAGGUUGUGGGUGUUGCCAGUGCAAAAAGCCAACUGGACACAAGCCCUUAGUUUUCAUUUCUUCUCAUUAUUGCCCACUGAUGUUUCAUGCUGAUGAAGGUUAUGUGAUAUUUCUAAUAAAUGAUGAAAUUAC